AUGGCCUCAUUCGCGCGCCCGUCGCUGCUCCGGCAGACUCUUGCGACCACUCGGUCGCCCAUUCUGCGCCAGAAUGUCGGAGUGUCGCAGGCCGUCGCCUUCCACGCCUCGGCCCGGAAGCAGAUCCUGCCCCCGUUGCCGCAGACCCUUAACGGAACCAUGAACGAGCCCGUUCCCGUUCCCAAGCCUCACCCUUCCGAGGGCAGCUACCACUGGACUUUUGAGCGCGCUGUCUGCGUCGGUCUGAUCCCCCUCUCCAUCGCUCCUUUCGCCGCCGGCUCCCUCAACCCUGUCAUGGACGCCGUCCUCUGCUCCCUCCUGGUUGCCCACUCCCACGUCGGAUUCCAGGCCGCCAUCAUCGAUUAUUUCCGCCCCCAGCGUGUGCCCAAGUUCCACGCCCUCUGCGUGUGGCUCCUGCGCGGCUUCACCCUGACCACCGCUGUCGGUCUGUACGAGUUCGAGACCAACGACGUCGGUAUCACCGAGGCCCUGCGCCGGAUCUGGAACGCAUAG